AUGCGGGAUGGGGAUGGGGAUGGGGACGGGGAUGGGGAUGGGGAUGGGGAUGGGGAUGGGAAUGGGGUUGGGGAUGGGGAUGGGAAUGGGGAUGGGAAUGGGGAUGAGGAUGAGAAUGGGAAUGAGGAUGGGAAUGGGGAUGGGGAUGGGAAUGGGGAAGGGGAUGGGGAUGGGGAUGGGGACGGGGAUGGGGAUGGGGAUGGGGAUGGGGAUGGGGAUGGGGAUGGGAAUGGGGUUGGGGAUGGGGAUGGGAAUGGGGAUGGGAAUGGGGAUGAGGAUGAGAAUGGGGAUGAGGAUGGGAAUGGGGAUGAGGAUGAGAAUGGGGAUGAGGAUGAGAAUGGGGAUGAGGAUGAGAAUGGGGAUGAGGAUGAGAAUGGGGAUGAGGAUGAGAAUGGGGAUGAGGAUGAGAAUGGGGAUGAGGAUGAGAAUGGGGAUGAGGAUGAGAAUGGGGAUGAGGAUGAGAAUGGGGAUGAGGAUGAGAAUGGGGAUGAGGAUGAGAAUGGGGAUGAGGAUGAGAAUGGGGAUGAGGAUGAGAAUGGGGAUGAGGAUGGGGAUGUGGGCAAGCAAAUGACUACGGAAUGGAACAAGCCAUAUGUAGAGCGAGAAGGAGCAGGAGCAGGAAAAAGGAAACAGAGUUCAUGA